UCCCGAUAAUUUUUCUUGGAAGGGGAAACAAACAUAACCCAAAGUAGUGCUUUCAAUUGUCAAUUUAUUUUCACACAAUGGAAAUUAGAGAAAAUUUACUACAUCGGUGCAAUUUUAUUGAAAGUGUACAAAAGAGGAUCAAACAAAUUCAUAGCGAUCUAAUUAAACAUGAAAACUGUGUGCCAACGUGUGACAGGUGUUUGGAAAACACAAAUGAUUUUUCAUUCAUCAAAAAUCAACUUAUCUUGAUAACGAGAAGGAUAAAUAUUACGCUGAAGGAUGCAGCUCACAGAAGUGUAAAGAAAACAUUUGUUGACAUCCUGACUACAGAUGAGGGGGAAGUUCAUUCUAAGUAUUCUUCAACAUUUGUCUCUGUUGGGGAUUCUGAGGAAAGCAGUAAUAAAAAAAUAGAUGAUCUGCUGAUGACUGCUGAUGGGAAAAGUGGAAAAAUGGAAAGAACAUGUACUGAGAGCCCUAAAAUAUUUGAGUGCAACUUGUGUCACCGGAUGUGGCCGAAGAAAAGUAGCCUUGUUUUGCAUAUGAAAAGACAUUUUAGCACAAGACAGAAAUCUGUACCCUACAAGACCAGAAAAAUUCCAGAACUCGAAGAAAAACAAUGUCCCUUCUGCAAUAGAAUAUACAAGAGAAAGCACGAGUGCAGAUGGGGAGGAAUGAAAACUUCAAGUACUUACAACUGUGCAUACUGUCCGGAAAUCUUUACCACAUUUGAAAAAAUUAUUCGUCACCAUAAACUUCAGCAUCCGGGAAAAUUACGUCCUUUCUCCCCGUUUCAGUGCGAAAUCUGUGGCUCCUUUGCUACUCGUAUUUCAGAUUUGAGACGCCACAUGUUUAGCCACACAGAGAUUCGUCCCUUUGAUUGUGAACUAUGUGAGAAAAAAUAUCGCACGAAAAGUGAAUUGGAGGAGCAUCAAAGAAGACAUAUCCCAAAGUCUGAAAGAGAUGACAAGUACCAGUGCGAAUUGUGCCAGAAGAAAUAUAUCUCCAGAUCAUCCCUCACCAAUCAUAAGCGGUUCCAACAUUCAGUAGAGAAAAGAUACUUUCCCUGCACCUUUUGUGGUCUGAAAUUCAUCAGCGAAUCUUCUCUACGCAGGCAUCAAUCAUCUCACGAAGGAGAACCUCCUCGAGCUCACAAAUGCGAAGAAUGUGGGAGGAUAUUUGAGAAACUGAAAUAUUUCAACCAUCACCGCAAAAUUCGUCACAAUAUCCUCACUGAUUUGAUGUUGACCCAAAAACCUAAACCGAAAUAAUUUCCUAUGAGUGCUAGGG